AAAUAUAUAUAAACAUCUGAGUAGGUCGAGUUGGGCCAAAUAUCCAAUUCCGAGACAAUAAUAGAAAUUAUCCUUCAUUGUUCUGUAACUUGUAUGGAUAUUCAAUUUCUGAAUUGAAAUGUUGUUUUGACAAGAACAAAUUUAAUACCAAACCAAAGGAAAAGAAAAGAAACGAGAAACAAGAAAUCACUACAAUAAUACUCGAGUACAGUUGGUAGUCUUGUGGAAUCCCAGAGAGAGAGAGAGAGGGAGGAAGAGGAUGAAGACCCAUUGCUGGGUUCGAGCUUCUGCUUCCGAUUUCACUGGACCUCUGCCCCAACCUCGAAGCGGGCAUACAGCUGUGAACAUCGGGAAGUCGAAGAUUGUGUUUUUCGGUGGUCUGCUGGACAAGAAAUUCCUCAAUGACGUCAUUGUUUAUGACAUUGACAACAAUAUGUGGUUUGAGCCAGAGUGCACAGGUAGUGGUUCUGAUGGGAAAGUGGGCCCAAGUCCACGUGCUUUUCAUAUUGCUGUUGCUAUUGAUUGUCACAUGUUCGUCUUUGGCGGGAGGUCUGGUGGCAAUAGGUUAGGUGAUUUCUGGGUUCUAGAUACUGAUAUAUGGCAAUGGUCAGAGCUCACCAGUUUCGGGGACUUGCCUUCAUCAAGGGAUUUUGCUGCUGCUUCAGCUAUUGGAAACCGUAAAAUUGUGAUGUAUGGUGGCUGGGAUGGUAAGAAGUGGCUCUCAGAUGUCUAUGUCCUAGACACAAUUUCUCUUGAGUGGAUGGAGUUGUCUGUUUCAGGGACAAUACCUCCACCAAGAUGUGGUCAUUCUGCCACAAUGAUUGAAAAGCGGUUGCUCAUCUAUGGUGGUAGAGGUGGUGGGGGGCCAAUCAUGGGUGAUCUAUGGGCUUUAAAGGGACUUAUUGAAGAAGAGAAUGAAGCACCUGGAUGGACCCAAUUGAAGCUUCCUGGUCAAUCUCCUUCACCCCGCUGUGGACACACCAUCGCUUCUGGAGGGCACUAUCUUUUAUUAUUUGGUGGGCAUGGAACUGGCGGUUGGCUGAGCCGUUAUGACAUUUACCACAAUGAUUGUGUUGUAUUAGAUAGAGUGUCCGUGCAGUGGAAACGCUUACCUACUAGCAAUGAACCUCCAGCUGCUCGAGCAUACCAUUCCAUGAACUCUAUUGGUUCUCGGUAUUUAUUAUUUGGUGGCUUUGAUGGAAAAUCAACUUAUGGCGAUCUCUGGUGGCUUGUACCUGAGGAUGAUCCUAUUGCAAAGAGGUUACCAGCACCUUCAUCUGGUGUUGUUCAAGAAAGAAACACAACCAUGGGAGCAAAGGAUAACCAGAGAUAUGGAUCUGCAGUUUCAGAGUUACAGAAAAGAUUAGAAAUUUCAAAUCUGCUUUCUACUCCACAGUGUAUCAUGGAUGAAGUGGAAGACAAAGAACUUCUCCAACUAGCAUCAAGAGUUCACAGUGAACAGGCUGUCAGUAACUUGCAGGCUGUGCAGGCACUCCGAGAACACUGGAUGAAGUCUGCACCACAGUCUAUUAAAUUAAAAGAGCUUAGCCCAUUACUUCGUGACUAUCAGCGGUUGAUCACCCGCUUUCAUAUAGGAAAGGAUGGAUCUAAUUUAGAGCUUGUGGAAUCUGGUUUUCCUGGAAAAGAUGCAUUUCACUUCUAUCAUGUAAAAAGUGCUACUCAGUUGCGGUUAAAUGAAAUCUCGAAUCUAUUGGCAGAGUACAAAGAGCUUCUCUCAUCUACAAAUAUUUGACCAACACUUUGUGCAGCCCUUACAUAUAUUGGGACAGAAUUUGAAAGAGGAAAAGAGAAAAAACCGGAAAAAAGGGUGUUCUUGCCAUUCCCUUUAAGAAACGGGAGAUGCAAAGUCAGAGGCAAAUGCCAGGGCCUACAGUGUUAUUACUCAUCUAUCACUAAUCACUCGCAAUUUCAGCUUUACCUUUUUGUUAUUUGUAGUUGAUUUGUCUAAGAAAGAUCAACAAUAAGCCCUACUACUACAUUCCAAUGGAUAUUGAGAUACCUUUUCCUGUCCUGUCCACAAGUGGGUUGUUUAUGUCAGUUGUGAUUGUAUA